AUGGCCUCCGAACUGCCCUUCUACGGCCACCUACCAUUCAUCAUCUCCACUCCGCCGCCCCGCGAAGGCGAGGCUCCGAGGGUGCAGCCUCUUGGACUUCCCGACAAGUUUGCACUCCUCAUCGGCGCUACCGCUGUCGUGUUCUACAACCUUGAGACCAAGGAGCAAAUCUUAAAGUUCGACUACAGCAAGGUCUAUGAGUGGUCCUACUCCAGCACCGAGCUCUACAUGACCGUUUUCCACAGCAACAACACGGCCAUGGACCUCGUUUUCCCAACCACCCUGGGUGACGACGUAAGCUACAUGCUCACGAGCUACGUGGACAAGCUCAAAGAAAAGGCCAAGUACGCUCGUGCGCUGCUCGACUACAAGGUGGACGACGAGUCGCUGUUGAGCUUCGAGAAGGGUGCCAUAAUCAACAUCAUCGAGCGGAGCAUCGACGGCUGGUGCCUCGGCGAGGUGCAGGGCAAGCAGGGCAUGUUCCCCGUGGCCAUGACCGAGUUCAUCCUCACGGACUCAGCCGACUUGUCACUCAUUCCCAUGCAACCGCAUUCCGAGCGGAGGAAGAAGGCCUCCGGUUCCACCAUGCGGGCCGGCCCCAUCCCCCUCCCCGAGGAGACGAAGACCUCGUCCAAAAAGAAGAAGGAAACGAGUUCGCGGAAGAGAACACCGACCCUGCGCGCCCUCGGCACUCUGCUGCUGGGCGAUACCAAGGCGAGCACCAAGAGCAGCAACAAUAACAAGGAGGAACCCCUCCCGUCGGGGUCUUUCUAUUCUCCAGCAAGAGGGAAGAGGGUUGAAGAGUACAACUUUAACAAGGCGUCAACUUCCAAGUCCGGCACGCUCAUGAAAUGGAAGGUGUCCAACAACGCUUCGCCGAAUGAGAUGCUGUCGUUCUCUAUGAGUCCGAUCAAGGUGCCUCUGCUCGUCUUCAACGAAGUGUCGAGCAAGGAAAAGAAAGAGAAGCUCGGAAAGCAGGCCGUGAAAAUCUUCACCAGCAUAAUGAAGUUCAUGGGCGACUUCCCGCUGGGCAAGUCCGAUCGAACGAAGCUGGCUCAGGAGAUCGUCCAGGAGGGCCUCGAUGAGGUUCUGCUGCGAGACGAGAUCUACUGCCAGCUCAUCAAACAGACCAACAACAACCCCAAGAGUGGUUCGAUGCUCAAGGGAUUUGAACUGAUGGGCCUCUGUGUGGCAUGCUUCACUGGUUCACCUUCGUUCUCGCCCUAUCUCACACAGUUCCUGGCCGAGGCUUCCGACCUAUCUUCGGAUCGAGAUGCAGUGUCGGCGGAUCACGCGCGUCGCGUGCUCAGAAGGCUGCUUAAGACCAUGCAAGUGGCCCACGAGCGCGAGCAGGCGCCGUCGAUCUUUGAGAUCAAGGCGCUGGCCGACUCUACGCCGAUCAUGUGCAUGGUGGAGCUGCCCGAUGGCGACGUGAAGGCGUUUGCGAUCGAGUCGCACACGACGCUACAAGAGGCGUCCAAGGACUUCGCUACCAAGCUCGGUCUUCCGGCCAAGUUCACUGAAGGCUGGGGCCUUUGGCAGAGCGGGCUCGAUGGUUGCUACCCGCUCAAGCAGACGCUGUUGGUCUGCGACGCCUUGGCGCUGUGGGAAAAGGGCAUCUCCGCUUCCACCGCCGCAUCAUCUGACACCGCAGCGCGUCCGUCGCACUCGUCGGCCGAGCUGGUCUCGUCAUCUGCGCAGACGCGCCAGGACCGACGCCGCUCCACCCACUACGACACCAAGCGGCGGGUCCGACCCCUGUCCGGCCGGCUGACGCUCGCGUCCGACAUGCUCGCGGCCGGCGACGACAGUGGUGGCGCUGCUGGUGGCAGCAAGCGCUUCAGGCGAAGCGUGACGGCAGCGCUGCUGCCCGAGGUGGAUCGCAUGUUCGGGUUCAUCUUCAAGAAGCUGACGUGGAUGCACAACGAAUUCACCGCCGACGAGUUGAUCGCCGACAGCGAGGCGCUCAACUACCUCUGCGAGCAGGUCGUCGAGGAUAUCCUGGGCGUGCUGCCGCUGGGCGAGGCGGACGCCGUAGAAUACGCCUCGCUGCUCGCCACGGCCCGCAAGCCCGGCGCGUGGCGUAGUCUCACAGCUGAGCAGAUUAUGGACUUCAUUCCGGCCUCGGUGAUGAACAAACGCACAGGCGACCAGUGGCUGGCGUUGAUGAACGGCUCGCUCUACGCCCAUCAGGAGAAGUCAACCCUCCAGGCGCUCGGCGCGGUGAUGGAGCGGUACUUCAAAUCUGAGUUCUACGGUGCCACCGUGUUCCCCAUCGUGACGAAGGACUCCAAGCUGCCUGAGAAGGCCUUGCUCGCCAUCAACGUCGAUCGAGUGGCCAUCUACCACCCGCAGACGCUGGAGUUGUGCCAGGCGUGGAGCUACGGCGACAUUUCGCAAUGGACGAUGAGCAGCAAAGACACGUGGGCCAUAUUCGUGGGCGAUCUGUUCAAGCCCCAGUGCUUCACCUGCCAUUCUCCAUGGGCGAACGAGAUCAAGAUGCUGUAUCGCACCUACGCAGAGCUGGUCGCUGCGUCGAGCGAAGGUUCAACCGACAGCUGA